UUUUCUUCGUCCCUACUCUGCUCGCCUCGCCUCGUCAUCUCUCCUUCUCCUUCGCUGCACCUCUGCUCCUCGUACAGAGCAAGCUACGCAGAACAGCAAUCCACCAAAGAGGAGCAGCGCAAACGUAGCAGUACACGCGCGAUCCGUCUUCUUGUUGUUGUAGUUGUUCGUCAUACUGCAUUCCACUGUAAGAGCAGAGACCGGCCAUGGGAAGGCACAAGUUCCGGCUGUCCGACAUGAUCCCCAACGCGUGGUUCUUCAAGCUCCGGGACAUGCGCGCCCGGGGCGGCGCCGCCAGCCCCCGCGGGGUCGCGCAGGCGUCGGCGGUCGUCUCGCGGUCGGGCAGGGCCUGCGGGGUCCCGAGCACGGCGAGGCACGGCGCCUGGCUCCCGCACAGGGCGUCCCACUACUACACGCCGCGGGCGGGCGACCUCGUGGGCUCGCCGCUCCACCCCAAGGCCUCCGACACGCACUUUCCGCCGUUGCCACUGUCGCCGCCGAGGCGGUCCAGGCGGCGGCACCGGAGGCGGUCCGUCAAGCUGGCGCCGUCGGUCAGCAGCAGCAGCGGCUUCGUGUCCUCGCCGGUCUCCACCGGCUGCCGCUGCGGGCGCAGGCCCGAGAUGGUGGUGGUCGAGGCGCCCGACACUCCACCGUGCCGCCGAGACAGGUUCGUCGGUUACAGUGACGAAGACAACGACGACCUCAAGAAACCGACGGUUGCCAUCCGCGCUGACGACAAGCUCGAAGGCAAGGUGAUCACUUCUGCCACGGAGAUCAUCAUCGACCUGCGGACCAAGAAGAGGCCAGACAAGGUACUCCCGCCGAUCGUAACCAAGCCUGCGAGGAAAGAACUCCACGGCUCCGAGCUGGAGGACAAGCACAUCGACGUCCUCACGCACGCGGCCCGAAGAACCGCUCCAGUUCCCGAACAGAACAAGCUCAAGCCGAGGCGGUCGGUGUCGUCGGCGCGCCGACUCAAGACGCGCGCGAACACCCCCCGCGUAGCCUCCAAGAAGUGCAAUCCACCAAUGACGACCGCGCGCUCGCCGGCGCUGACAAAGCCUCCGCUGGCGGAGAGCUUCGCGGUGGUGAAGUCGUCGCGGGACCCGAGGAGGGACUUUCGGGAGUCCAUGGAGGAGAUGAUCGCCGAGAAUGGCAUCCGCACCGCCGCCGACCUCGAGGACCUCCUGGCGUGCUACCUGUCCCUCAACGCCAAGGAGUACCACGACCUCAUCGUUGAGGUGUUCGAGCAUAUCUGGGCCACCCUCUCGGACAUCAAGAUGUAGCAGAGCUCAUGCAAAUGCAAUGCACUCUUGCAUGACGAAUUCAUCCGACCCCAUCGUGCCGGUAGUGGUGGCUGUAAAUCGUAAUUAUAUUCCAGUUAAUGAUCCUAAAUUGGGUAAGCAAAUAUUUUCCAAUCCUGUGAAACCAUGCUGUUCUUCUCUUUA